AUGAGUUCGGCGUAUGUGCAACAGCAGUACCACCAUUCCGCAAUGUACGGGAGUGGUGGUGGUGGUGGAAUGAUGGGAUCGGGAGCUGGAGGUCUGUUGGAAUCGUCGUCCUACAACCACUACAACGGCACCAGUACGAUGAGCAUGGGAGCAACAGGACUCUGUUACGGCUAUGGAACUGACAGUGGAUCUUCCGAAGGAUAUCACAGCCCUGGUCCUGUGUCGAGUCCAGAAUCCUACUACAGCCAUACCAGCCCGGCGGAUUUUGCCCCAUCAAGUCCGUACACCAAUUACGGCUACUGUAGCGGAGGUUCCGGCUCGGGUGUUCAAGGCAACGGAAACACCAACACUGUCAGUCAGAAUGGGUCCUGCGAGUCGUACUACAGCUACACCGGCAACAACUUCAAAACCGGCUGUCCAACAGUUCCACGGUAUGCCAUGGCCGAAGCGAAUUCACCUGCUGAUCGUACCGUGCUAGCGAAUGCGUACCAAAAGCGUGAAGGAUGUACGUUGCCGAGUGAUACUGCAAGUGUGCAGCGAUCGAACGUUCCUGCCAAACGACCUGCUGAGGCUUCUCAUCCGCUCGCUCACGGCAGUACCAGUAGCUACUACAAUCCCUACGUGGUUCCAACGACAGGAAUUCACAGCAGUCCAACGCACAGCUCGGGGAGUUCCGUCUCGCCAACUCCAUCGCAAUGCAGCGGACAAUCGGUGGUGCAACCGGAGAUUGUCAAAAAGCGGCGUUUGGCGGCGAAUGCUCGUGAACGGCGAAGGAUGAACAGCUUAAACGAUGCAUUCGAUCGGCUACGAGACGUGGUGCCUUCUCUUGGGAACGACCGGAAGCUGUCCAAGUUCGAAACUUUGCAGAUGGCGCAAACAUACAUAGCGGCACUGAAUGAGCUUCUGUCCCGAGAUUAG